AUGUCCGUCCUCGAGAAACUGCCCCUAGAAAUUCUGCAAGAGGGAAAGCUGGUAUCUGAAAGCGAAGAUGACCUUGAAGAGGACCUUGAAGAGGACCUUGAAGACCACGGCAGCGCGGUGGUUAAUGGCGGGCCGUUCUAUGGAGGCCUUCCUAACGAUGAAUAUAUUGGGAAGUACUGGGAGCCUCUGGCUCGCUUUCUAGUUCAACUUCCAAGGCUUCUUGACUUUGUCUACUCCUUUGUUGAUCUACCGGCCCCUUGCCUGAUGGAUGCGUUGCGCUCUAUACCCAACUGCAGGCUCCACCUCCACAACUUUGGCCUGAAAAGCCUGGUGCAGCCGGAAGGCCAGCCACAAGAUAUAGAUCCCUACGAAUACUCCGUUGCUACUUGUCCUCAGCUAUACUGUAUUUUGACUCGCUGUUCGGAUUAUACCGAGGAUGGCCUGAGAAAUUACAAUGGAGAGGCUGCCAGGCUGCUGGCAGCCGGAUUGGCCCAGAACCUCAAGCGGGUUAGGGUGAUCGAAUUUUACCCUGGCACAGGCCUUGGACAUACCAACACUUUUAAUGGCCCACGGGUUGGAUGGCAAGGAUUCUUUCCAAACAGCCCUCAAAAGACGCAGACUCAGCCGUUACGCCCUGGAUAUCUUGAUGCCCUAAGUGUUCGGCCAUGGCCGCCCGCAAAUCUUGAAGAAUGGAGCAAAUAUGUUGAAUUCUCGUCACUACGCACUCUGAAAUGGAACUGUCAUGCCCCGUCAACAAACAUGUAUAGAUGGAUGAGUACCUGCGACUUCAGCUCCUUGAAAACCCUUGUGUUGAACGUAGAAAGUUACGGGUCUGAAUGCAAACAAAUGGAUGAAGUAGCGGGUGUUGUGUUGCGGAAUCUGCCUCCGUUAAAUUCACUCAGGUUGACCGGUCUCUUCGGCCAGCAGGCGUUCCAGGCCAUUGUGCAAUGCCAUAACACACUUCGACGGUUAAGCCUAUUCGCUGAACAGCUCCCGGACGCUGACCGGCUGAGGAUAACUGCUGAAAAUGCUAGAGAGCUUGCUGAGAACUGCGCACAGCUCGAGGAACUAUCAUUGCAAGUUCCGCGUUCUCAAGGCAACAAGGAAGAAGUCCUCAUUUAUCGUUCCCUUGGUUCUAUUCUAAGCUUAAGGUACCUUACCAUAUACCUUGACUGUUCCGAAGUCGCCACCUAUGGACUAUCCGACAGUGACGUGGAAGAAUACUAUAAUGAUGUGCAAUACCCAAAGCUGCACAAGCUUUUAAUCCGAGAGGCUAUGAUAAACGCCGCGGUCGAUGAACAGCUUGCUCGCGCUAUAUACCAAGAAAUCGAAAAUGGCAGUUCCAACAAUGGCAAGCAUCCCGCCUUGCAAUGCGUCAAGUUUUACGUCACUGGAGCAGGUGAAUUCAACGAGUAUUAUGGAAACAUAUAUAUAACGCCCGUUGUCCGUUCGAUCGGCCGCAGUUGGGAGCUAAUCAGAAACCCGAGCAGAAGAGAUGACUCUGCCGACGUCGUUGCUAUACAAGAGCUCGAUCGAGAAGCAAGGGAAGCGUUCGACAAAGAGACUAAAGAAUUUCGACGCUGGAAUGGUGUUAUGGAUAUUCAGGAACUAGUGUUUCGAGAGAUUUGGCCUGAAAAGACUAGGAGUUGGCAGACAGACUGGCACAGCUUCCCUCUUAUGACAGACUAA